UUUGAUUUUUUUUUUACGGUCAUACUUUGUAUUGCUGCUGCGCAUCUGUGCUGUACGGAGUCCUGUUAUUAUCUGUUACAUGUUACUCAAGUGUUUUGUGCAGAGUUUUAAGAAUGAGUGAAGCAGAAGAAGACAUUCAUGAGCUGGACUCAGAAACAGAGAAUGGAGAUGUUGAGAUGGGUUUAAUGUCUGAAGUGGAUUAUUCUGAACAGGUGCCAACAUACAAAUCUAGACCAGAUGGUGAAGCUGCGCCAAAAGUGAAAAAGGUUGAUUUCAAUGGAAACCCAGACUCGCUGUUUUUCAACGAUGGAAUGAGAAGGAUUGACCUUGUUUUGGUCUAUGAGGAUGAGUCUAAAAAUCCAUCAGAGAAAAAAGGCUCAGUUUAUAGGAGAAAACAAAGACGAAGAGAGUGUUUUGAAGGAAGCCUGAUGGAUUUUGGUGUGGAAUUGGAGGCGACACAAUCCGUGAUCGAUGAGAAAAUGUUCUAUGUGAAACUGCACAUGCCUUUUGAAACGCUGUGUUCUUACGCUGAAGUCCUGCAUAUCAGACUGCCCAUCCAGCCCAAUGAUCUGGCCCCAGAAUCCUCCGGGUACAACUGCCUCACCAAGCACUUCUACCCCAGCGAAGACGUCAUUGCUAAGGAGACGAACUACUUCACGGCCCCCUUCAGGAAGGAUCAGCUGAACCGCUUUUGCGUGAAGGACAGAGAUCAGUUCUUCACGCCAGCCAUGAGGAGCAGAAUGGCGUACUACGUCCUCAACCGAGCUCCGUAUGAUGUCAAAGGAAACGUGAGGAAGUAUGGCUUCUCCAAACUGCUGAACGGAGGCGUGUACAAAGAUGCGUAUCCAUUACAUGAUUGCAGAUUUAAUGUGAAGUCUAAAGAGCCCAGUUGCCCAAAUGAACGAUUUCUGCUUUACAACGAGUGGGCGAAUCCCAAGAGCUUCUACAAGAUGCAGCCGCUGAACCUGAUCAGGAAGUAUUUCGGCGAGAAGAUCGGCAUUUAUUUUGCCUGGUUGGGUUUCUACACGGUCAUGUUGUCCCUCGCUGCUGCAGUCGGCCUCGGCUGUUUCAUAUACGGAUUCAGAACCAGAGAGAGCAGCACAUGGAGCAAAGAGGUGUGCGACCCUGAGGUUGGUGGACAGAUAGUCAUGUGCCCGCAGUGUGAUAAAGACUGUCCGUACUGGAGGCUGAACAUCACAUGUGAGUCCUCUAAAAGACUGUGUGUAUUUGAUAACUAUGGGACAUUAGUGUUUGCUGUUUUCAUGUCUGUUUGGGUGACACUGUUUUUGGAGUUCUGGAAACGGUACCAGGCCGUGCUGGAGCACGAUUGGGACACGGUGGAGUUUCUUCAGCAAGAGGAACAGCCACGACCCGAAUAUGAGGCCAAAUGCAUCCAUGAAAGAAUAAACCCUAUUACAAAGUCUAAUGAGAAGGUGCCGUACACGGCCUGUGGGAAGUGCGUGAGAGUGUCAUGUGGCAUCAGCACUGUGUUAUUCUGGAUUCUGUUGAUCAUAGCAUCAGUGGUUGGGGUGAUCGUGUAUCGCUUGGCGAUGUUUCUUGUUUUCUCUACGAGGCUGCGCUCGGAUAUGAACAAUCACAAGGAGCUGGAGCCGUUCAAAGAGUACGUCACCCCUCAGAUGGCCACUUCCAUCACAGCCUCCAUCAUCAGCUUCAUCCUCAUCAUGAUUCUCAACAACGUCUACGAAAAAGUAGCCAUCUGGAUCACAGAUUUCGAGCUGCCGCGGACCAAAACGGAGUACGAGAACAGCCUGACGCUGAAGAUGUUCCUCUUUCAGUUUGUGAACUAUUACUCGUCCUGUUUCUACAUCGCUUUCUUCAAAGGAAAGCUGGUGGGCUACCCGGGACAGCCCGUCUACUGGUUCGGGCAGUUCCGCAACGAGGAGUGUGAUCCUGGCGGCUGCCUGACUGAGCUGACCACUCAGCUGUCAAUCAUCAUGACCGGAAAGGCCGUCUGGAACAACAUACAAGAAGUCCUUCUGCCGUGGGUGAAGAAUCUGAUAUUUCGUCGUUGCACCCAGGUGGGUUCAGAAAAAGAGAUUCCUCGCUGGGAGCAGGACUAUCAACUCCAGCCAAUAGGAAAGCUCGGCCUGUUUUAUGAAUACCUGGAGAUGGUGAUCCAGUUUGGAUUUGUGACUCUGUUUGUGGCGUCGUUCCCGUUGGCUCCUCUCCUGGCGCUGAUCAACAAUCUGUGUGAAAUCCGUGUGGACGCCUGGAAAAUCACUACUCAGUUCCGUCGGAUAGUCCCGGAAAAGGCCCAGGACAUUGGAGCCUGGCAGCCGAUCCUACAGGGAGUGGCGAUUCUCGCAGUGGCCACAAAUGCUGCCAUCAUUGCCUUCACUUCGGACAUGAUUCCUCGGCUGGUUUAUUACUGGGCGUUUUCUGUGAACCCUUACACCGGCGGCUCAGACCACACCAUGGCCGGCUUCAUCAACAGCUCGCUGUCUGUAUUCAACGUCGCAGACUUCAGUGAAAAGAGCGAACCAAAUAAUGAAACCACACAGCACUGGCCCAACAUCACCACAUGCCGGUAUCGAGAUUUCAGGAAUCCUCCAAGUCAUCAUAAUCAAUAUGAGUUCAACAUAUAUUAUUGGCACGUUAUUGCUGCCAAACUGGCUUUUAUGAUUGUUGUUGAGCACAUCGUUUAUUUCACAAAAUUCAUGCUGUCCUACAUAAUACCGGAUGUGCCGGAAGCGCUGAAAGAACAGAUCAAACGGGAGCGUUACCUGACGCAGAAGAACCUGCAUGAAACCAACAUCCAACAGUUUAAGGAACUCAUGAAGCCCGUCACUGAGAAGCUUCAGAACCAGGCUGAAGACCCGGAGAUGGAGUUGGAGUUGGACCUGAAGCUGUGA